GCGAACAGAACGUCGCGAGGCGCCGCUGGUGGACGACGAGCCGGUUACAGAUAGAUAUCGAUAAACUUUAGGCUAGGGUUUCAUUUUUUAUUAGCUUUAUUGCCUAAGUAAAGCUGUGCGUAGGAAAAAGAGUAGUGAAAACAUUCAGUUAAGCCUGUUUUAUCGGGUAUCGGUGCAGUUCGCUUUAGAAUAAACUGAAAGAAGAGGACGAGUGACGUCGUUUGUAAAGGAGACUUGGCUGUAAUCCCUCGGCUAGCUUAGCUGGCUUGCUAACAAAGAAAAUCUUCUCUGAGAAGGAGUAAUCCUCACUAAUUUUCUUUAGUUAUGAGUCAUGUGGUCGUCGACAGUUCACACGGUCUAGAUCAGCAGCUCUCUGCCCUAGACUUGAACUCUGCUGACGGGCAGGGUGGAGGCACUGGCAAACGUUACAUUCCACCUCACUUGAGAAACAAAGAUGCUGGUAAAAAUGCAGGAAAUGCUUAUUCCUCUGGUAGACAGAGCGGUUAUUCAAUGCCACCAGUACUGAGCUUUUCUCCUAAACAGUAUCCUCAAAGUUGGCAUCCUGAGAGAAACCCCAGAAACAGAAAUAACUUUCAUACUGGAUGGGAUGACUUUAGGACUGGUUACCCGAGAUACCCUUCCCAGGAACUUGCCUUCUAUCACACCUACAGUGGUGGCUGGCCAGAGAGAUGUGCCUCUCCUGUGCGCACUGACAGCAGUGUAACCACCGAUGGGAAUGACGACGCAGCCAGUGUGCUCAGCUGGGCUGACCGCUGUGACUCUCCUGGAUGGGAUGGUGGUCGUAGCAAUGGCUUUGUUAAUGGAUACCAUGACAGUCGCAUGAAUGGAGGCGCAAACUUUGGACGUGGUCCUCCUCGCAAUGACAGAGGUGGCCGCGACAGCUUCCGUGGCAACAGGGGUGGUGGUACCUUCAACCAGCCCAUACAUAACACAAACUUUGGUGGCUAUGAUAACAAAGAUGGAGGAUGGAACACAGGUUUGAACAGGGAUGCCUAUUCUAGCUUUGGAGGACGUUCUGACAGAGGGAAGCCUGCAUUCUUUAAUGACAGAGGGACUGGAUCGAGAGGAAGGUAUGAGCGUGGGGGCUUCGGCGGCGGUGGUGGAAUGGGAAACAAUCGGUGGGUAGAGGAGUCCAGGGAUGAAGAGGACUGGUCCAAGCCUACCCCACCCAAUGAGCGUCUGGAACAUGAGCUGUUCUCUGGAAGCAACACAGGGAUUAACUUUGAGAGGUAUGAUGACAUUCCGGUGGAGGCCACCGGAAACAAUUGUCCUGCGCCUAUUGAGAAUUUCCAUGAUGUUGACAUGGGGGAGAUCAUCAUGGGCAACAUAACUCUGAGCCGCUACACUCGUCCCACCCCCGUGCAAAAGCAUGCCAUUCCCAUCAUUAAGGCCAAGAGGGACCUAAUGGCCUGUGCUCAAACAGGCUCUGGGAAGACUGCGGCGUUCCUGCUCCCAGUGCUGAGUCAGAUCUACACUGAUGGACCAGGAGAGGCUUUACAGGCUUCUAAAGCCAGUGGUCAGGAGAAUGGAAAAUAUGGUCGCCGGAAGCAGUAUCCCAUCUCUUUGGUCCUGGCUCCAACCAGAGAACUUGCUCUACAGAUUUAUGAUGAAGCCAGGAAGUUUGCGUAUCGCUCCAGGGUGCGCCCCUGCGUGGUGUAUGGAGGGGCUGACAUUGGCCAGCAGAUCCGGGACCUAGAGAGGGGUUGCCAUCUGCUGGUGGCCACACCUGGGCGUCUUGUAGACAUGAUGGAGCGAGGCAAGGUUGGCCUAGACUAUUGCAAUUACCUGGUUCUGGAUGAGGCUGACAGAAUGCUGGACAUGGGUUUUGAGCCACAGAUCAGACGUAUUGUGGAUCAGGACACCAUGCCGCUCAAAGGUGUACGUCAGACCAUGAUGUUCAGCGCUACCUUUCCCAAGGAAAUCCAGAUACUGGCUCGUGACUUCCUUGAGGAAUACAUAUUCUUGGCUGUGGGCCGUGUGGGUUCCACCUCAGAGAACAUCACCCAAAAAGUGGUCUGGGUGGAGGAGAGUGACAAGCGUUCAUUUUUGCUGGACCUGCUCAAUGCCACAGGCAAAGAUUCUCUCACACUGGUGUUCGUGGAGACUAAGAAGGGUGCAGAUGCUCUAGAGGACUUCCUGUAUCGCGAGGGCUAUGCCUGCACCAGUAUCCAUGGUGACCGUUCUCAGAGGGAUCGUGAGGAGGCGCUUCACCAGUUCCGCUCUGGGCGUUGCCCUAUUAUGGUCGCCACAGCUGUGGCAGCCCGUGGACUUGAUAUCUGUAAUGUGAAGCAUGUCAUAAACUUUGACUUGCCCAGUGACAUUGAGGAAUAUGUCCAUCGCAUUGGACGCACUGGGCGUGUGGGAAACCUUGGUUUGGCCACCUCCUUCUACAAUGACAAGAACAGCAACAUCACCAAAGACCUGCUGGACAUUUUGGUGGAGGCCAAACAGGAGGUUCCUUCCUGGCUAGAGAGUUUGGCUUUUGAGCACCAGCACAAGAGCAGCAACCGUGGGCGCUCAAAGAGGUUCUCUGGAGGUUUUGGGGCCAGAGAUUAUCGUCAGAUGGCUGGAGGUGGCAACACGUUUGGCAACCGUGGUGCUCGCAAUCCGGGAGGCCAUGGAGGCAACCGUGGUUUUGGAGGUAAUAAGGGUGGCUUUGGGAAUUUCGUAAGCGAUGGCUAUGGGGGAAGUUAUGGAAACUAUGGAGGAAACUACACCCAAGUAGACUGGUGGGGCAACUAAAAUGUCUCAGUGCAGUGGGUCACCAUGCCAAACUAGCUGAAUGGAAACCACAUGUUAACAUAGCCAGACUCUACGCCCUGUGUAGCUUUAAGAACUCGCAGUACAUUACACGCUGUGAUUCUCUGUCUGCAUUCUGAAUGGAGCUUAAAGAGAGAGAAUGGCACGUGGCAGAACCAGAGCAUCACUUUCAGAUAGGAAACAACAUGGACGCCCAGUUAUGUGUUUGAUCUACAAUCUUGGACUUAGUUUUCAGCUGCACUUUUCUUUCUUUGUUUAGAAACAAAAUGAAAUGAGGAUCAUUUAUAUGUUAAUGUACUGUGCCUUUAAAUUUAGACAGGAAUUUUGUUUCAUCAUUUCACUGAAUGAACUUGGCCAAGAGCUCAAUUUCUUUUUGUUGUAAAGGCAUAUAAAAGCUUGUACUUAAUCAAACCUUGGCAAACAACAGGAAAAUGUGGCUCGAAUGAGUCAUGAUUCCAUUUGAACUUCAAAUUGUCACAGGGAUAUCAUGUAGCCUACAAUACAGGCCAGAGAACUAACAGCUCCUGGAACCAGCACAGAAGCGGUGGAUUCAAGUGUUGAUUCCUCUGUGUGACAACUUUUGUUCUAAGGGACAAAAAGUUCUGACUUUCUUUUGUUUUUUUGUUUGCUCACUCUAUCCUGGAUAGGCACCUAUUUAGGGAUAUGGUAGUCUUCAAAAAGGCCAUUCCAGUUGUGAUAAGAAUAUUCAUAACAAAAAAUGGUAGAAACACUCAGUUACUGACACUGUUGUUUAAAAAAAAAUAAAAUUUUAUAUAUAUAUAUA